AUGGCCCGGGAGAACGGCGAGAGCAGCUCCUCCUGGAAAAAGCAAGCAGAAGACAUUAAGAAGAUCUUCGAGUUCAAGGAGACCCUCGGAACUGGGGCCUUUUCUGAAGUUGUUUUAGCUGAGGAGAAAGCUACUGGGAAGCUCUUCGCAGUGAAGUGCAUCCCGAAGAAGGCGCUGAAGGGCAAGGAGAGCAGCAUCGAGAACGAGAUUGCCGUGCUUAGAAAGAUUAAGCAUGAAAACAUUGUUGCCUUGGAAGAUAUUUAUGAAAGCCCAAACCACCUCUACCUGGUCAUGCAACUUGUGUCUGGUGGAGAACUCUUCGAUCGGAUAGUGGAAAAGGGGUUUUACACAGAGAAAGAUGCCAGCACUCUCAUCCGCCAGGUCCUGGAUGCCGUAUACUAUCUCCACAGAAUGGGCAUUGUCCACAGGGACCUCAAGCCGGAAAAUCUCUUAUACUACAGUCAAGACGAGGAGUCCAAAAUAAUGAUCAGUGACUUUGGCUUGUCGAAAAUGGAAGGCAAAGGAGAUGUGAUGUCCACGGCCUGCGGGACCCCAGGCUAUGUUGCUCCGGAAGUUCUCGCCCAGAAACCGUACAGCAAAGCUGUGGACUGCUGGUCCAUCGGGGUGAUCGCCUAUAUCUUGCUCUGUGGUUAUCCUCCUUUUUACGAUGAAAAUGACUCGAAGCUGUUUGAACAGAUCCUCAAGGCAGAAUAUGAGUUUGAUUCCCCCUACUGGGAUGACAUCUCCGACUCUGCCAAAGACUUCAUUCGGAACCUGAUGGAGAAAGACCCAAAUAAAAGAUACACUUGUGAGCAGGCAGCUCGACACCCAUGGAUUGCUGGUGACACAGCCCUUAGCAAAAACAUUCACGAAUCUGUCAGUGCCCAGAUCCGGAAGAAUUUUGCAAAGAGCAAAUGGAGACAAGCGUUUAACGCCACGGCCGUCGUGAGACAUAUGCGGAGGCUCCAGCUCGGCAGCAGCCUGGACAGUUCAAAUGUCUGGCACCUUCCACGCUCUGUAGUUUCCUUUCUUCUUCGUCGGGGGUCGCAGGAGUCGGAGCUGAGAGGAGACCCAGGCCCACCACUGUGACAACAGGGCACACUGGAAGCAAGUGACCCGGCUCUGGAGGUGGAACCCAGGGGGCGGGGCCGGGGAAGGAGAAGCCCCUGGCCGGAGCAGCUCCUGCAUCAGAAACCCCACCCACCCUGCAUGGUGCACCUGCAUAGGACUGGAAGACAGAAGUUUUUUUAUGGCCAUAUUUUAUACUGCAAUUCUGAUGUGUUCAUUUCUCACAAACUGUACUGACUGACUCAAGGGGAGCUGGCGUCACGGGAUCUGGUGCUGUAUAUACGAAUCUUGCAAAGCUCUAACUGAAUGGACCUUCUUGCUCCCCUCCCCCAACUCCACCACUUCCGCUCUCUCAGUGUAGGCAGCCGUCUAGGGUGUAAUUUUUUCAUGAAAAAAAAAAUCAAGGUUUCAACUGGAUUAUUUAAAUAUUGGUACAUGUUGUGCAUUAGGAAUUAUUUUUUUUUUCUUUUGAGGUGUGUCUUCUUGAUCUCUGUUAGUUACAUGACCUCUAUCAUUUGCUCUUUAAUAGUAGUUUUACGUUAACCUUUAAGAGAUUUUUUUCCCCCUCCCAGAAGGGUUAAAGGGUAUUUUUUACGAAUUCUAAGAGGAUCAAGAGUCUGUGUCCACUUCUAAGAGUGCACUUGUUACUUGUGUUCCUUUGCUCCCAGUCCCUUCUUCCAGAGGUCACCCCAGCAGCUGCGCGGGGCUGGCUUCUCACCGGGUGGCUUUUGGCAGGGAACCAGCAGAAACCGUACAGGCAGCUUCCCCUGAGAACUGCUUACCAACCACGGAAGAUAGAGGCUUGUUUCCUCCACUCUGAACUUCAGGCUCCACAUUACAGGUGAACUGCACUCCAGGAACGGGGUUCCCCACAGUGCCAAGAUUUAGGAGCCUCCCUUGAAGAAGGGACGGACUGCCAUCUUGUUUUUUAAAUGAACCACACGCAGCCCUCAAUUCUCAUGGGGGAUGAUGGAUGAAACUCUGUUCUCAGCUAUGCACUUUUAAAACGAAUCUCUUUAUCUAUUUUAAUUUUUUAAAAUUCAUUUCUAAUAGUACCCUUCAAAUGGCCUAUACCACACACUUUUCCCCCAACAUUUUUACCCUGUUCUCUCAUGAGCAUUACCCGAGAGAGGAGACAGAAAUGACCUUGAAGAAGAAACCUUUUAUUUUAGGUGGAAAGGAAAAUCACAUCAAAUGAGCAGAAUUCUGCCCAUCCCAGAGAUGGCUAACUCAGCAAGACCCAGCUGGUUGGUGCACAAGCCUUCCCUUACAUCAGAGGAAUCUAAAACUGACAGUACCUGUGGUAGUCAGGCUAUUGUGCAUCCUGGUUUAACAGGGACUGAAGGAUUUUCCAGGAAGUGGAACUUGAAGGCUAAAGUCAGGAAUGUACAUGUCAUUGACCCGCAUGCACAGAGGGUAGAUAUGGAGGAAGAGCAGGCCCAAGCAUAGUCCAGGGCAAACAUUCUCCAUGGAGGCUCUUGGAGACCAAGGCAGGUCGUUCAAAGGCAGUUUUGCUAACAGUUCCCUUCAGCUCUCAUGUCUGUCUAAAGCCUGAGCCUCAUCUGCAGUCAGCUGUAGCCUGCCAAGAUGGACUGUGACAGGUCUCCCUCAUGACUCAGGGGCUGUCAUCUCAGGCUGUCAUCCUCAUGCCCUUUUUAUGUACUUGCCAACCAUAGAAAUUCCUGCUGGACAAGUAAGUCAUUCUUGU